AUGUACAAUUUGUCGAAUGUCGACACAGGUGCAAGGCGUAUUUGGACAGUGCUGGACAAGGAGAUUGAGCUCUACGAGCACACAGAGUUCACCGGAGCAGCUGAUUCGUGGUUGCGCACUUACCUCGCCUUUACCAAGCAGUCCGGUUUGCUCAUCACUCGAGACAAUUUCGUGUACAUUCUAAGGAAUGUAUUCCUGUCCCAGCCACAGUUCGGCAAAUAUCGGCGUGAUGUAGUUUUCGACUCGAGCGGAUCAUUGUUGGAUGCCUCACGGGUACCAAUCCAGCUUCGUCAUGUCGGAUUUGCAAAUCAAAGUCGAGCGAUGCAUCUGUUCAGAAGACUGGCUGCAACCAGUCAAUUACAGACUGGUGUUUACGCGGACUUCUUUCAGGUGCGUUACUAA